AUCAAAUUAACCAAUCAUUAAUCACAAAAUCAACAAAACUAUUAAAUUAACAAAUACCCAUUGAUCCUCUUGACUUUUCAACUAUAAAACCACACAACCCCUAUCACUACUCCUCACAAAAUCACCACUCACUAGAGAGAGAAUUAAAAAGAAAAAGCUUCCAGAAACAACAAUGGAGGGCAAGGAAGAAGAUGUGAGACUCGGAGCCAACAAGUUUUCCGAGAGGCAACCCAUCGGAACAUCCGCUCAAACCGAUAAAGACUACAAGGAGCCACCACCGGCGCCGCUUUUCGAGCCAGGCGAGUUGUCGUCAUGGUCGUUUUACAGAGCCGGUAUCGCAGAGUUCAUCGCCACCUUCUUGUUCCUCUACAUCUCGGUGUUGACUGUAAUGGGUGUGGUCAAAUCUCCGACGAAAUGUGGCACAGUGGGUAUUCAAGGAAUCGCGUGGGCUUUCGGUGGUAUGAUCUUCGCUCUUGUCUACUGCACCGCCGGUAUCUCAGGAGGGCAUAUUAAUCCAGCUGUGACAUUCGGUUUGCUACUAGCAAGAAAACUGUCGUUGACCAGGGCAGUUUUCUACAUGGUGAUGCAGUGUCUUGGAGCGAUCUGUGGUGCCGGAGUUGUGAAAGGGUUUCAGGGUGAUGCGCAGUACACGACGUUAGGCGGUGGUGCUAAUGUCGUCGCCCAUGGUUACACCAAGGGUGAUGGUCUUGGUGCUGAGAUUGUUGGCACUUUCGUGCUUGUUUACACCGUGUUCUCAGCAACUGAUGCUAAAAGAAGCGCCAGAGACUCCCAUGUCCCUAUAUUGGCUCCUCUUCCAAUUGGGUUUGCGGUGUUCUUGGUUCAUUUGGCCACCAUCCCCAUCACCGGAACUGGUAUUAACCCUGCAAGAAGUCUUGGAGCUGCCAUAAUAUACAACAAGGGCCAUGCUUGGGAUGACCAUGAAAGAGUAAAAAUGAAAGAAACAAUCUCUGAGAAACUCGAGAAAUAUUUCUUUAACCUUCAAUUUGAAGAUUAUGAUAAAGCUGACCAAAAACUUAUUCGACUUUUAUCAUUAGAAACUGAAGAAUGUGAAGAAUUGUAUCAAAAAGAACCCAAACUUUUUGAUCAAUAUUUUAGAAUGACUAAAAUAAAUGAACCUGACACUGAAUCAGAAGAAGAAGAUAACUUUAAAACAAAUACAAAGACUGUUAAGUUCGAAUAUUCAGAUAUGGAAGAUGAUGAAGCAGAAUCUUCUUAUACAGCUACAAGAAGAGGCAAUAAAAAGAAAUAUGAGUUCAAAAUGCCUGUCCACAAUGGUAUUCCAAAUAGUGGUCAAGGAUCCAAUACGAUCAAUGUACUCAAUAUUGAUUGUAUCCAAGAUCUAAAACUCAGAGAAAGAGUUGUAGAAAAUGGGUUACUGAGAUUUCACUAA